AUGCUGUGCGCCUCGCUCGCGCUGCUCGCCGUGCACCGCGCUCCUGCGGCGCCACGCUCUCGCGGGGAAGCCAGAUCGGCGGUUGUCAGCCCGACUACCCCUGCGCCGCUGCCUCUCGUCGAGCGCUUCUGGAGCAAGGCGGCAUAUCUCUCUCACCACAGCGAGGUGCUCGGCGACGCCCUCGCCUUUGCCGCCGAGGCGCACGAUGGGCAGCGGCGGAGGUCUGGGGAGGCCUUCAUCGUGCACCCGAUCGAGGUCGCCAUCAUUCUCGCCGGGUGGCGCAUGGACGCUGAUGCGAUCGUUGCGGGGCUGCUGCACGACACGGUGGAGGACACCGACGUCACCGUCGAGCAGAUCGAGGGGCGCUUCGGCGCGGCCGCCGCGUCAAUCGUCGCCGGCGUGACAGACGGCGCGGCGGUGCCCGCCUCGCAGAGCCAGCGCGAGCUGCUGCUCGCCAUCUCGCGGGACUGGCGCGUGGCGCUUCUCAAGCUCGCCGACCGCACGCACAACAUGCGAACGCUGGAGCACAUGCCUGCCGCGAAGCAGGCCGCGAAGUCGCGCGAGACGCUGGACCUCUUCGUCCCCCUGGCCCGGCGGUUAGGCGUCGAGGAGAUUGAGCGCGAGCUCGACCAGCUGUGCGUCUCGUACCUCGGCGAGGAGCGGCCUGAUGGGCCGUCCCUCCUGGACAGCUUGCUCGAGGACGAGCGGAUAUGCCUCCGCCGCCAGCGGGCCUGCUGGCGCGAGCACCGCGGCGCAUGCGCUUCUUCCGUUUGA